AUGGAGGAAUUGUUAAUUCGUAGACUAACAGAUCGAAACAACAAGGAGGCCCAUUUGAAUGAGUUAUUCCAAGAUAAUAGUGGUGCGAUUGGUGGUAACAUUGUCAAUCAUGACGAUGCUUUAUUGAAUACACUAACAAUACUACAACAAGAACUGAAAAGUAAAGAGCAAGAAAUACGGAGAUUGAAAGAAGUUAUUGCUUUGAAGAAUAAGAAUGCGGAAAGGUUGAAUGACGAGCUGAUCAGCGGAACCAUUGAGAAUAAUAUUUUACAACAAAAACUCUCAGAUCUGAAAAAAGAGCAUUCCAAGCUAGUUGCUAGAUGGCUAAAAAAGACAGAGAAAGAGACAGAAGUUAUGAACAGCGAAAUAGAUGGGGGAAGAUAA